AUGGCUGGAAUUCUCAACCUUCACAAUUUCUCACGUGUCCUGAUAUAUUCACUUUUCCUCCAUAUCUGGACUGUAUUUGCACAGAAUACGACCAAUAAUAGCACAGCACCUACCAUCAGAUGGUCCGCUUGCCCUUCUGGCAUUCCCCCAGGCGUGGACUGUGGCUCCAUCCAGGUCCCGUUGUCAUAUAAGUCGGGUAACUCGACCGUUUCUGACGGAAACCAAACCGUCUCACUUCUUCUGACGCGGUUAAAUUCUACUGGAAAUGGCACGCAAAAUCCCUUAUUCUUCAACCCAGGCGGGCCCGGUGUGCCUGCUAGCACCCUCGUCGCGGCAGGACAAUUUGUGCCCAACUUUGGGGUAUCAGAUGCUGUGAGGAGAGUAUACACCAUCAUCGGCCUCGACCCGCGUGGAGUGGGCUAUAGCACGCCCAUAAAGUGCGACCCAAACAUCUACAACCAACGCAUACGUACUUUCGUGAGCGAUAAUGCUAGCUAUCAAGCUCUAGUUAGCUACAACCGCCGUUUCGGACAGAGCUGCGCCAAUCUCACUGGGCCUCUUCUCAACAACCUGGACACGGUUCAUGUUGCCAAAGACCACGAGCUGGUUCGACGCGCGUUGAACGCCACCAAGUUUAACCUCCUGGGCCUGUCCUAUGGAACAUUGUUGGGCCAGCAGUAUCUCUCUCUCUUCCCCAACACCGUCGGCCGAAUGGCAUUGGAUGGACCGGUUGAUCAUUCACAAUCUGAACCUUCUACCUUUUCUUUCAGUGGUGACACCAAUAACACCUGCGCUCUGAACGGCAACAAUACUAGGCAAGUUUUCAAUGACCUGCUACUCAAGGCCGAUGCUUCCCCGAUACCCGCCCCAAGCUGCAACGGGACAUGCCAGCCGAAUGUAACAGGCGAGGAUAUCAGAUACAAUGUCCAGAGCUUUCUCCAGUUUGUGGACUUGUCGUACGCCUCCAACUGGACCGGCCUCGGAGUCGCGUUACAGGACGCAUCCAAUGGAAAUGCUACCGCUCUUUCAACUCCUUUAGCGUUGACACAGAAUGCCACGUCAAUUGAGGGUUCACCAUUCUCAUAUCUUGCUAUCGGCUGCCAGGACUGGCUCCACCAGGCGAGAUCAGCGACAGAUCUGGAACUCAGAUUACAGGCAGUUCAGCCAUUUGCUCCCCUGACUGCCGGAGCCUCUCAAACAUAUUACUAUCAAAGCAGAUGUUUGGGUUGGCCAGCUCCCCUUACUAAUGGGCAAGUGUUGCUGAAUACAACCAUCACCCAGCGAGCGCCGACGGUUUUGAUAGCACACUCCGUCUACGAUCCUUCGUGUAGCAGUGUGUGGGCAGAUGGUGUCAGGCAGCAGCUUCCCAAUUCCGUGAGCAUUACCAGGAAUGGGUCUGGGCACUUGAGUCAUUUCUUGUUGGGGGAUACAAGAGCCGUGUUGGACAACUUUUUGGCUAAUGGGACGCUCCCUCCGGAUGGUAGCAUCUAUCAGACAUAG